AUCUCAAAAUUUUGUAGUUGACACACCAGAUGGAUCUCUUGAUUUAGAGCAAGAUAUUUUGGAUCCACAUAAAUUUCAACGUAUUUUAGAUCCAUCAAGGAUUCAAUUUGCACUUGAAGAAUAUUCAUUUCGCUUUUUUAAUCCUUUAGGCAAUAUUGAAGUCAGAAGUGAAAUUACUUCAAAUUUUUUAGGACGAUAUAUUAUAUUAACGGCAAUACAAUUACAAUUAUAUCAAAAAUCAGUAGAGGAAAUUGCUAACAUAGAAUCGAGAGUUCUGGAAGCUGAAGCAUUGAUGAAAAUGAAAAAAAGUAAUCAAGAAAACGAUUCAAAAUAG